AUGCUUCUGUUUAUUCAUUCAUUGUUUACUUUUUAUUUGUUUGUCUCGUUCUUUUUAUUUCUUUUCUUAAAAACUUUCAUCAGUCUCGUUCUUUCUUUGUUUCUGUGCAUUAAUAUCCUUCGUUUUUUUUUCAUUUCUUCUUUCUUAUUCAUUCUUCUUUCUUUUUCUAUACAAAUCUUUUCUCCGACUGCCGCCGAUUGUGUUACUUUCUCUUCCAUUAUAGUUUUUCAUGGAUAUUCUUUCUUUCUUUUCUUUCUUUCUUUCUUUCUUUCUUUCUUUCUUGCUUGCUUUCUGUCUUUUGCUCUUUCUUUUUCUUGUAUCUUUUUUUUUAUUUUUAUCCCUUUCUUCUUUCUUUCCUUUUUUCUUUCUUUCUUUUAUCCUUCCUUUCGUUCUUUCUUUCUUCCUUUCUUUCAUUUAUCUUUUACUUCUCUCCUUCCUUUUCUUAUAUUCUUUUUUCUUUCUUUCUUACUUUAUCCUUUCACUCACCCUUUCUUUCUUUCUUCCAUUUUUUUUCUUCCUUCCUUUCUUUAUUUUAUCUAUUUUUCUCUCCUUUUUUGUCAUUUCUUUCUUUCUUUUUCCUUCGUUUUUCUUUCUUUCUUCGCUUUCUGUCUUUCUUCACUUUCUGUCUUUCUUUCUUGUAUCCUUUCUUUCUUCCAUUCUUUUUCUUGUGUGCAUUCUUUCUUUUCCUUGUCUCCUUCUUUCUUUCUUUUUUUUCUCGUACCCUUUCUUUCUUCCAUUCUCUUUGCUGUUUUCUUUCUUUCUUUUUCUUGUAUCCUUGUUUUUUCUUUCAUUUUCUUGUAUUCUUUCUUUCUUUCUUUUUUUGGUGUUUUAUAUAUUUUUAAAAUUAUCCUUUUUCGUUAUUCCUCGUAUUACUUUCCUAUAUUUCUCUAUUGUUUUCUUUUACUUCACCUUUUCUUAUUUCCUUUGAUGUGUUUCCAUUCUUCUUCUCUUUAUUCUUUGACCUCAUCCCAUUAUUUUCCUAUCUGCUUAUCUAAACUUCGACGACAUUGCCUGCACUCAUUUUUCGUAAGCCUCUCACCUUAG